UAUGGCUAGUCCCUGAGAGUAAAUUUAUUUCUUUUUUCUAACUUUCUGGGUUACCUUUGUAACUUCUAUAAAACCUGUCCUCUUUCUACACACACUUGUUCUCUCUUCACCUUUUCCCAUCAUGGACAACUUUCUAAAAAUCGACAGCAACAAUGAAUCUUAUCUCCCCCCUGGUUUCCGUUUCCACCCAACAGAUGAAGAACUCAUAACUUACUACCUUCUCAAAAAAGUUCUUGACAGCAAUUUUACUUGCAGAGCCAUUACUGAAGUUGACUUUAACAAAUGUGAACCUUGGGAGCUUCCAGAAAAGGCCAAGAUGGGUGAGAAAGAAUGGUACUUUUUCAGUCUAAGGGAUAGAAAAUAUCCAACUGGUCUGAGAACAAACAGAGCCACUGAAGCUGGGUAUUGGAAAGCAACCGGGAAAGAUAGAGAAAUUUAUAGUUCCAAAACGAGUUCUUUACUUGGGAUGAAGAAGACAUUAGUAUUUUACAAAGGAAGAGCACCUAAAGGUGAAAAAAGUAAUUGGGUAAUGCAUGAAUAUCGUCUUGAAGGAAAACUUUCGUAUCAUUAUCUCUCUAAAACCUCUAGGGAUGAGCGUGUAAUUUCAAGGGUUUUCAAGAAGAGCAACGGAACUGGCGGUUGGGGUGGAGGAAAGAAGCUUGGCGUUGUCAGUUAUGGUGGUGGUGUCGGAUGCUACAGCUCGGAUGUUGGUUCUCCGUCCUCGAAUUCCCUUCCGCCGCUCCUUGAUUCAUCAGCCGGCUUCGCCACAACUGAUCAUGAAAUAAGCUGUUCUAAUUACGAGAGCGAUAACAACACUCGAAAGCACGUGCCCUGUUUCUCCACUAAUAACAUCGUUGUACCGAACGCUGUGGUCGUGGAUAAUCUCAAUCCUUGGUAUGGAACCGGUACUAGUAGGUUUGGUUCGUCGUCGUCUACGUCGAGCAUGAUCAGUAAUGCAGGUGUCGUAGGUACUGAUCCAAUGGAUCAAUCAGGUGGGAAUGGUCAUUAUCAUCUCAACUAUCCUACAGGGUUAUUCCCGAGUUUGAGAUCAUUGCAAGAUAACCUAUACUUCCCCAAUUUCUUUUCAUCGUCACCAAUGAGUACUGUUGACACUACUGCUGCUCCACUGUCGGAACGCCGUUACCAUCCUGAAUAUCAGAACAAUAUCAACAAUUCUUGGGUUCAUGAAACAAUGCCGCCCAAGGUGGAACGAGUACAAAUGCCGCUAGGUAGAACAGAACUUGAUUGCAUGUGGACUUGA